AUGAAGCGUUAUGGCUGGUGGGCAUUGGGCGUGUAUACAGGCCUGUCGUUCAUCGACUGCAUGGCAACAUUUGCUGCCAUCCACUUCUAUGCAAGCGAACAAGUGGAUGAUCUUGAAGCCCUGCUGUCCAAGUGGCUUGGCCCUAUCAUGAAGAAACUGAAGAAGGAGGACCCCCAAGAGAAGCAAGAAAGCGCAAUCUUGAACUAUGUAAAGAAGCUGUUCGUUGAAGAGAAGCCGGAGAAAUCUCAUGAUGUGGAACAGCUGUUCGCACGUAUUUCAACCGAAUUUGUGCUAGCAUAUGCCAUUCACAAGACCAUCCUUCUCCCCUUCCGAGCAGGCUUGACAGCAAUGAUCACACCGAGUAUAGUCCGUGCCUUGGCCAGGCGUGGAUGGAUUCGUCCGAUCAAAGAGGCCACCGCAAAGAUGACCUGA